CUAAUAAAUAGUAAAAUGUUAAAAGGAAAAACUUUAUUUAUUACAGGUGCCUCAAGAGGUAUUGGAGAAGCAAUUGCUAAAGCUGCCGCAAAAGAAGGUGCUAAUAUAGUUAUUGCAGCUAAAACUGCUGAUCCACAUCCAAAAUUAAAGGGUACUAUUUAUUCAGUUCAAAAAGAUAUUGAAGCAUUAGGUGGUAGAUGUCUUGCCUGCUCAGUUGAUAUUAGAUAUGAGGAUCAAAUUGAAAAAGCUGUAGAAGAGGCUGUUAAAACUUUUGGUGGAAUUGAUAUUUUGGUUAAUAAUGCUUCUGCUAUUUCAUUAACUGGUACUUUAGAGACACCAGCAAAGAAAUUUGAUUUAAUGAUGGGUGUUAAUGCUAGAGGUACAUAUUUAACAACACAAAAGUGUUUACCAUACUUAUUAAAAUCAAAAGAUGGCGGUAGAGUAUUAAAUAUUAGUCCACCAUUAAAUAUGGAUAAAAAAUGGUUUUCAAAUCAUCCAGCUUACACCAUGGCUAAAUAUGGUAUGUCAAUGUGUGUUUUAGGUAUGGCUGAAGAAUUUAAAGGUAAAGUUGCUUUCAAUGCUCUUUGGCCAAAGACAUCAAUUUAUACUGCAGCUAUGGAAAUGUUAGGUGGAUCUGAUGUUGCCAAAGAAUGUAGAACUGUAGAUAUCAUGUCUGAUUCAGCCUUAUGGGUAUUUAAACAACCAAUCUCAAACACUGGAAAUUUCUUUAUUGACGAAUAUUGUGUCAAACAAGCCGGUGUUACCGAUUUAGAAAAAUAUUCAAUUGUUAAAGGUGCCAAAUUAAUGAAUGAUUUCUUUUUAGACGAUGAUGUAGAUUAUUCAAUUGCAAAAAAUCAAAUUCACAGAACAACUCCACUUUCAAAAUUAUAAAUAAUAAUGUUCAUUAAAUAAUAAAAUAAUAUAUACACAAAAUAAUAAUUAUAAU